UGAACUCUGUGCAGCUGUCCUCCUGUCCUGAAGGGGGCAGUCCAGGAGUCCUGAAGCAUCAGGUGGAGGUGGGUCAGCUGGGUUUAAGCUGCAGUCAUCCUAAUCACAGACAAUCCUCUCAGCCUCAUGAGGCCGUCCUGCUCCUCUGAGUCCAAGACCAGACGGAGGUCUGCUCGAAGGAACGGAGGCAGCAGACUCUGCUUUCAUUCAUGUGGUCAGAUGUUGGCUGAAGUGUGCACAGAGCAGAGUGGAUGGUGCAUGUAGCUGAUCACAGCUUUCCGAGAGACAACCCUCCAGUGAAGAUGAGACCAUGGUCCCAGUACUAACCUCGAGAAAAGCCAGCGAACUCCCCGUCAACGAAGUAGCGUGUAUCCUGCAGGCCGACCUGCAGUUGGGUCUGACCCAGGAGGAGGUGAGCAGGAGGAGAGCCUACCACGGCUGGAACGAGUUCGACAUCAGCGAAGAGGAGCCGCUAUGGAAGAAGUACAUCUCCCAGUUCAAAGAUCCUCUCAUCCUGCUGCUGCUGGCAUCAGCCGUCAUCAGCGUCCUCAUGCACCAGUUCGAUGACGCCAUCAGCAUCACUGUGGCCAUCAUCAUCGUCGUGACAGUCGCCUUCGUCCAGGAGUAUCGCUCCGAGAAAUCUCUGGAAGAGCUCGGCAAGCUCGUGCCUCCAGAAUGUCACUGUGUCAGGGAGGGAAACCUGGAGCACCUGCUGGCCAGAGAGCUCGUUCCCGGAGACACCGUCUGUCUGUCAGUGGGCGAGCGAGUCCCGGCGGACCUCCGCCUGUUUGAGUCCACCGACUUGUCCGUGGAUGAGUCCAGCCUGACGGGGGAGACCACGCCAUGCUCCAAGUACACCUACCACCAGACAGCAACCACCAACGGGGACAUCGCCUCCCGCAGCAACAUCGCCUUCAUGGGGACGCUGGUGCGCUGCGGCAAAGCCAAGGGCAUCGUCAUAGGAACCGGUGAGAACUCGGAGUUCGGGGAGGUGUUCAAGAUGAUGCAAGCAGAGGAGGCUCCUAAGACUCCGCUGCAGAAGAGCAUGGACCUGCUGGGGAAGCAGCUCUCUCUCUACUCAUUCGGCAUCAUCGGGGUCAUCAUGCUCGUGGGCUGGAUGCAGGGGAAAGGAGUCAUGGACAUGUUCACCAUCGGCGUCAGCCUGGCGGUAGCUGCCAUCCCAGAGGGUUUACCCAUCGUGGUGACGGUGACGCUGGCGCUGGGUGUGAUGCGCAUGGUGCAGAAAAGAGCCAUCGUCAAAAAGCUUCCCAUCGUAGAAACACUGGGCUGCUGUAACGUGAUCUGUUCAGACAAGACGGGAACUCUGACCAAGAACGAGAUGACCGUCACUCAGCUGUUCACGUCAGACGGACUGCACGCUGAGGUGACCGGCGUCGGCUACAACGGAGCGGGUGAAGUUUUACUGGACGGAGAAGUCAUCCACGGCUUCUCCUGCCCGUCCAUCAGCAAGAUCGUGGAGGUUGGCUGUGUGUGUAACGACUCAGUCAUCAGGAAUCACACUCUGCUGGGACGACCGACGGAGGGAGCGCUCAUCGCCCUCGCCAUGAAGAUGGGUCUGGAGAGUCUUCAGCAGGAGUACGUCCGUCUGGAGGAACAUCCGUUCACCUCGGAGCAGAAGUGGAUGGCUGUUCGCUGCGUUCACCGCACGCUGCAGGACAAACCUGGAGUUUACUUCAUGAAGGGAGCGUACGAGCAGGUGAUCCGACACUGCAGCUCCUACAGCAGCCGAGGCAGCGCGCUGUCACUCAACCACCAGCAGAGGGAGCUGUACCAGCAGCAGAUCAGCUACAUGGGCAGCGCCGGGCUCAGAGUCCUGGCCUUUGCGUCCGGUUCUGAGAUGGGGAACCUGACCUUCCUGGGUCUGGUGGGCAUGAUCGACCCGCCGAGGUCGGGGGUCAGAGAAGCCGUGGGGAUCCUCAUCAGCUCCGGCGUCGCCAUCAAGAUGAUCACCGGAGACUCUCAGGAGACCGCCGUGUCCAUAGCCAGCCGUCUGGGUCUGUACUCUAAAGGCUCCCAGUGUCUGUCCGGAGACGAGGUGGAUCAGCUCGACCUGCAGCAGCUUUCACACAUCGUGCCCAGAAUAUCCGUGUUCUACAGAGCGAGUCCACGACACAAGCUGAAGAUCGUCAAGUCUCUACAGAACAUCGGCGCCGUGGUGGCCAUGACAGGUGACGGUGUGAACGACGCCGUGGCUCUGAAGGCCGCCGACAUCGGCGUGGCGAUGGGCCAGACGGGCACCGACGUCUGCAAGGAGGCAGCCGACAUGAUCCUGGUGGACGACGACUUCCAGACCAUCAUGUCGGCCAUCGAGGAAGGAAAAGGAAUUUACAACAACAUUAAAAACUUUGUCCGCUUCCAGCUGAGCACGAGCAUUGCAGCUCUGACGCUCAUCUCCUUGGCAACGCUGAUGAACUUCCCCAACCCGCUGAACGCCAUGCAGAUCCUGUGGAUCAACAUCAUCAUGGACGGACCUCCUGCUCAGAGUUUGGGGGUGGAGCCUGUGGACCGGGACGUGAUCAGGAAGCCUCCUCGUAACGUCAGAGACAGCAUCAUCACUCGCAGCCUGAUCGUCAAAGUCCUCGUGUCGGCGCUCAUCAUCGUCUGCGGGACGCUGUUUGUCUUCUGGAGAGAGUUGCAGGACAACGUGAUCACUCCUCGAGACACCACCAUGACCUUCACCUGCUUCGUCUUCUUUGACAUGUUCAACGCUCUGAGCUCUCGCUCACAGACCCGGAUGGUCCAUGAGAUGGGUCUGUGCAGUAACAGGACGUUCUGUUACGCCGUGCUGGCGUCCAUCAUGGGUCAGCUCCUCGUCAUCUACUUCCCUCCUCUACAGAACAUCUUCCAGACGGAGAGCCUGAGCAUUCUGGACCUGCUGUUCCUCGUGACGCUCACCUCCUCGGUGUGCGUGGUGUCCGAGGCCAUCAAGACGGUGGAGCGGUGGAGGGGGGUCGAGAAGAGCCCGCCUACCGACAGCUUCCACGAGGUAUGACACGCCCCCAGCUUCCCCGACGCUGUCCCGGCCCGACGGAGGAAGACGAGGAGGACGAUGAUGAUGGAGGUGUGAUGGGUUUUUUUAGGAUCUCACGAUGGCACUGACUAUUUAAGACUGCAAGGAUUUUCCUGUGAGCUCCUCAGGAGGGAGGAGAACCUCUGGUCUGGGACUGGAGGAGGCUCCCGGCCUCGGACGGGGACGGAGGGAGGCGCGUACUGGACUUUAAUUAAACUGGGAGGACGAGCCGUGACCCCGCGCUGUGAGCUUGGACCUCGAUCCACAGCGGCUGUUCCGCUCGGCCUGGUUGUAGAUUUUUGUAGCUUUGGGGGGGAAACCGACCACGGCGUGAAGCGGCUCCGGUUCGCUCGUCGUCCUCUGAAGAUUAGAGACGUGUAGAGUUUUUUAUUCUGUCGUUUAGAAGGUGUUGACCACUGCUCAGCUCGCUCUUCAUGGUCGGAUGCGGUAACUUGUUUUGAUUCCUCUGUAGGCGAAUCACAGCGUGA